GAUUUCUAAAACAUGUUUACCUGCAAAUGGACAGGCGCGUGCUAGCUGCCGCUGGCCUCGAGAGAGUGCCGCUGCGGUCGGGAGGACGACAGACUGACGUCAUCGGCACUGACGCAGAGCGAGCCGAGGUAUCACAGAGGCAGAGCAGCAGCAGCAGCACCAGCAUCCCGGCUAACCGACGGUACCUCACCAAUCUCCCAGCAUCAGCGAAGUGUUUUCUCACUGAGCAUCCUCCAGGAAUAACGAGAUAAAAGAUAAGAUGGCCACCUCCUCCUCCACUCUGGAAGAAGACGAGAGUUUGAAGGGCUGUGAAAUAUUUGUGCAGAAGCAUAACAUCCAACAGAUCCUCAAAGAGUGCAUUGUGAACCUCUGCAUCGCUAAGCCUGAGCGUCCUAUGAAGUUCCUGCGGGAGCAUUUUGAAAAGCUGGAGAAGGAAGAAUGCAAGCAGAUCAUGGCACGACAGAAAUCUAACAGCCAGUCGGACUCACACGAUGAUGAGGUUUCUCCUCCACCGCCCAACCCUGUUGUCAAGGCCCGGCGCCGUAGGGGAGGGGUCAGCGCCGAGGUCUAUACGGAAGAGGAUGCUGUCAGCUACGUACGCAAGGUUAUCCCAAAGGACUACAAGACCAUGACCGCCUUGGCCAAGGCCAUCUCCAAGAAUGUGCUGUUUGCUCACCUGGACGAUAAUGAGAGAAGUGACAUAUUUGAUGCCAUGUUCCCAGUCACCCACAUCGCGGGGGAAACAGUCAUCCAGCAAGGCGAUGAAGGAGACAACUUCUAUGUGAUUGACCAAGGUGAAGUGGACGUGUAUGUGAACGGGGAGUGGGUGACCAGUAUUGGAGAAGGUGGUAGUUUUGGAGAGCUGGCCCUGAUCUAUGGGACUCCAAGAGCUGCCACCGUCAAGGCCAAGACUGAUCUCAAACUGUGGGGCAUUGACCGAGACAGCUACCGACGCAUCCUCAUGGGCAGCACACUGAGGAAGAGAAAGAUGUAUGAAGAGUUCCUCAGCAAGGUCUCCAUCCUUGAGUCUCUAGAUAAGUGGGAACGUCUGACUGUGGCUGAUGCUCUGGAGCCUGUUCAGUUUGAGGAUGGAGAGAAGAUAGUGGUGCAGGGAGAACCUGGUGAUGACUUCUUCAUUAUUACAGAGGGAAUAGCCUCUGUUCUGCAGCGCAGGUCAGACAACGAGGAGUACGUGGAGGUUGGCCGCCUCGGACCCUCUGACUACUUUGGUGAAAUCGCCCUGCUGUUGAACCGUCCCAGGGCAGCCACCGUAGUCGCUCGUGGUCCACUCAAGUGCGUGAAGCUGGAUAGGCCCCGCUUUGAGCGUGUGCUGGGGCCAUGCUCAGAGAUCCUCAAGAGGAACAUCCAGAGAUACAACAGCUUCAUCUCCCUCACCGUGUGACAUGUCGGCCCCUUCUGGGCCCCACCAGCAGGGGUGGGCAGCAACAUCAGAGUUUGGGUCCGUGGGUGGGAAGAGGUGAGGACGCAGAGUAAAGGACAUGGGUUUUCCAUCCACAACUACAGGGCGCUUAUUUUCUGCCCUUUUUCCCAUUUUGCGCCUUUCUUUUCUUUUGAUCUUGUGCACUUUUACUUGACCCGUGCUGUCACGUAGCUUUAUGUCAAAACCAACAUGCAGGAGUGUAGAUAUCAUAGUGAGAACAGAGACCAUUCAACUCAUUACACACUGUAAAUGAGUCAUACUUUUUAGACUGACAAAGGAUGGCGUUUUCACUUUCAUGAAUUUACAAAGGGUUAGGAUGAAUUCAGGAAAUGAGAAGGAAGUAAAGUCAUGUUUACGUACAACGGGAGGAAAUGUGUACACAUUUCUUUUUUCGCUGGCUGUUUGCCUUUUCUUUCACUUCCGGGUGUGCGUGGUACCAUUUCUAGGACGAAUCAGACCUGCACUACACAGACCUCUGUUCCCCUGAGAUGUAGAGAAAAAUUAUAAAGUAUUGGCUAUUUCAUUUUUUGUGCUUCUUAAAGGAAAGUUACGGUUGAUUCCAACACACAGCUCUGUCGUUUGUAAAUUUGGAGUGCUGUCAGUAGAGAAAAAAAUGACAAAAAUUGAUGCUGUUUACACCGUGUUAUCUUCCUGCUAGCGUUAGAGCCCAACAGGCUUAAACAGGGCAAGUUUUAAACAUGUUUUUAGCCUCUCAACAUUUUCAAAAUGUCAUUAAAAGUGCCUACCCAUGUGCAGUGAUUCCUUCAGCGUGAACACAGUGAAUCUGACUGCUGUAGAUGUGAAAAAAAUGCAUGAAAGUUGUGUUAAUUUAGCUGUGUUUAGUUCUGGUGUUGAUACUGCAAAGAAUGCUUUGGGACGUCUACACACAGAAAAGAUAUACAAACAUAUUUUCAAAAAUAAGUAUAUGCUUAAUUUUUUAAAGUAAGUGCUGUCCUGCUAGUACAACUAGCAGGAGACAAGUUAUAAUUGAGGUAAGUUUGGAGUCACUACCUUAUUUAAUCAUUAAAUUGAUUGCCUACAUAUUUUUGUUUUAUCUCUUUUCUGUGUUCUAGUUUGUAGACGGUCCCUAAGCUCUCUAACGGCCGUCUCAACACCGGAACUAAACGCAACUGAAUUAGCACAACUUUCACGCAUUUCUGUCACAUCUACUGCCGUCAGAUUCACUGUGUGUUCACUCGGAAGGAAUCAUUGCACUUUUAAUGCCUUUUUUAACAUGUUUAGAUGCUAAAAACAUGUUUAAAACUUGCCCUGUUUAAGCCUGCUGGGUGCUAACUCUAGCAGGAGGUGUAGGCAGCACCGAUUGGUUUCAUUUGUCUCGAUACUGACAGCACUACAAUUUGUUUUUUUAAACAGAGCUGUUGAAAUCGACCGGAAUUUUCCUUUAAAUGUGGUUUUAUUGCUAUUAUCAGUCAGGGGGUUUGUUAAAGGCAGUGAUAUGUUUAGUUAAGAUUUUAAUAUUAUGUACCAAAAGAUUCCUCUCUUUCCAGUCCCAAUAAUCCCUGAAGUGGCUCAGUCUGAUCUGUGAGCACUGGGAUUCCAAAGCAGCAGUAGUGUUAUCAAUCCAGUCCACAUGCACACAAACGGUCUGAAACCCACUGACAUGAAACACACAACCAUACUGUAUAUGCUGACAUUGUCUCAGGACUAUAUGAAUUAUCAACACACACACACACACACACACACACACACACACACACACACACACACACACACACACACACACGUCUUACCUGAUGCUUUUUUUUUAAGCUGAUAUAGUUCUGUUAAAUUGCUAGAUGAAAGCUUUUGCACCACUUUAGAGUUUGUAACGUUUGGUAAAUACAGAGGUUUGAUUUAGCGAUUUUUAAGACAUGACUUAUAAGCUGUAAAUAUAUCAAAUUAAGUAAAAAAUAUACUUGUGUUGCUUUCCUUUGCUCUACUGUAAGAUGUUAAAGUUGCACAACUGAUGUUGUAUAAAAUGGGAACUUAUGAAAAGAAUCUUUCUAUAUUCUCUUUCUCCCUCUGUGUACAUCUUUCUUUCAUCUAUCAAACCAUCUUAAGCAAAUAAAGAUAAGCUUCUGAAA